AUGAAUCUUACCCCGCGACGGCAGAUCAAUGGGGCUCCGGAAAGGGUCCUCACUCUCGGGUGCGAUCCGUUGGUCUUGCCACCAAAUACGACCUCGCAGACGUUCAAAAACUAUGCAUUGGAGGCGGCCAAAAUUGUGGGCUCUGCAAACGUAACCGUGAUCUCGGAUGAGGCAGAACUCUCGCAAGAGUCUUAUCUUGAACCGAGCAAAGCUCAUGACAUGUUCAACAUUGCCGACAAGACGUACUUCGUUUGUUCGGCGGUCGUUGCGCCACGCGGGGUUGGCGAAGUACAAGAGUUGAUGAAGUUGGCCAAUGAGUUCGAGAUCCCGGUUUGGCCAUUUAGCAUUGGGCGAAAUGUGGGUUACGGUGGUGCUGCGCCUCGUGUACCUGGCAGCGUCGGUCUCGACAUGGGUAGACAUAUGAACCGUGUGCUUAAGGUGGACGUCGAGGGUGCGUACGCGCUGGUCGAACCGGGAGUUACAUUUUUUGACCUACACGAUCACUUAGUCAAGAAUAACCUUCGGGAUCAGGUGUGGAUCGACGUGCCGGAUCUAGGCGGUGGCUCUGUGAUUGGCAACACCAUUGAACGAGGCGUGGGAUAUACACCCUACGGCGAUCAUUGGAUGAUGCACUGCGGCUUGGAGGUUGUCUUGCCAUCAGGAGAACUGGUCAGAACCGGCAUGGGCGCACUUCCCAACCCCAAGGCUGACACAAGCAAACCGAUUCACGAACAAGAACCAAACGAAAGCUGGCAACUAUUCAACUAUGGGUUUGGUCCGUAUAACGACGGCAUCUUUUCCCAAGGUUCUGUUGGCAUCGUUGUAAAGAUGGGCAUCUGGCUGAUGAAAGCUACUGGGUACCAAAGUUACCUUAUCACGCUUCCCAAGGACAGUGAUCUGCACCAAGCAGUUGAGAUUAUCCGUCCCCUGCGAGUCAACAUGGUUUUACAGAAUGUGCCGACCUUACGACACAUUCUACUGGAUGCGGCCGUCAUGGGCCACCGCACCGACUACAGCAAAUCCGACAAACCCUUGACGGACGAUGAGCUUAACGCCAUCGCUUCAAAGCUCGACCUUGGGCGCUGGAAUUUUUAUGGCGCUCUGUACGGACCGGAACCUGUCCGUGACGUUAUGUGGCAAGCCGUUAAGAGCGCCUUCUCAGCCAUCCCUGGUGCCAAAUUCUUCUUCCCCGAGGACCAGCCCAACAACAUCGUCUUGCAGACCCGGCAAAACACUCUGCAGGGUAUCCCAUCAGUGACGGAGCUGAAUUGGGUGGACUGGCUGCCCCACGGUGGCCACCUGUUCUUCUCACCCAUCGCGCCUGUUACAGGCGACGAUGCUGAGGCCCAGUACAAUAUGACACGUCAGCUAUCCGAGAAGUACGGCUUCGACUUCAUAGGGACUUUUGUCGUCGGCAUGCGCGAGAUGCACCAUAUUGUGUGCAUUGUCUACGAUCGCAAAGACGCUGAAAGUCGACGCCGUGCACACAAGAUGAUGAAGGAGAUGAUCGAAGAGGCUGCUGCAAAAGGUUAUGGCGAGUAUCGCACGCAUCUCGCCAUGAUGGACCAGAUCGCCGCCACAUACAGCUUCAACAACAACGCCAACAUGAAACUCAACGAGAUCAUCAAGAAUGCGCUCGAUCCAAAGGGCAUCCUGGCACCCGGUAAAAAUGGCGUGUGGCCAAAGAACUAUCGCGCUGCGGACUGGCAAGUGCCCAUUGCGUAG